UCUUCAUUAAUUUGUAUACAGUUCUUAUUUUAACAGGACAAACUUUCAGAGGGUACUCACAUGGGACUGCUGAACCAGCUGUACAACUUUUAUUUUGAAGAAAAAAGUAGAGCCUCAGAACAGGCUGUUUUAAAGACAGGGAGGGACUUAGCCUUUCGGAGCUUGACCAGCAUGUGGAAGGAGAGCUCUCAUGACUGCAAUAAUUUAGGGAGCUCCUACCUGGGUGACACUCGGGGUAGGAAGUUUUCUGUGAAUUUGGUUCUGUUUCCGAGGGUCCCGUGCACUUCUCUUGCCUGGAUCAACGUGACUGUUGGUGGUUUUUUCACACCCUGCUCUGUGGGGGAGUGCCCCAACGUGCCUGUCUUAUGUGGCCUCUAUGGACACACUGCUCAGCUGGCAGAGAGCAGGGCAGUUUUCUCCCAGCACCCAAAAAGAGAAAGAGGAAACUACUUUUUCCUUUUGGGCUCUUUGCAGCACAAUAGAUCAGGAUAAGUUUCCACAUUCCCUCCCUGGAUUUUCUGGAGUGCUUUCCAGGAAGAAGUUAAACCUUCACCUUUAAAUGGAUGACCAUGUCACAAUCAGGAAGAAACAUCUCCAAAGACCCAUCUUUCGAUUAAGAUGCUUAGUGAAGCAGCUGGAAAAAGGUGAUGUCAACGUCGUGGACUUGAAGAAGAACAUUGAAUACGCGGCCUCUGUGCUGGAAGCAGUUUAUAUCGAUGAAACCAGACGGCUGCUAGACACCGAAGAUGAGCUCAGCGACAUUCAGACAGAUUCAGUCCCCUCAGAAGUCCGGGACUGGUUGGCUUCUACCUUUACACGGAAAAUGGGGAUGGUGAAAAAGAAACCUGAGGAAAAACCAAAAUUUCGAAGCAUUGUACAUGCUGUUCAAGCUGGAAUUUUUGUGGAAAGGAUGUACAGAAAAACCUAUCAUAUGGUUGGAUUGGCAUAUCCAGCAGCUGUCAUAGUAACGUUAAAGGAUGUUGAUAAAUGGUCUUUUGAUGUAUUUGCCCUAAAUGAAGCAAGCGGAGAGCAUAGUUUGAAGUUUAUGAUUUAUGAACUGUUUACCAGAUAUGAUCUUAUCAACCGUUUCAAGAUUCCUGUUUCUUGCCUAAUUGCCUUCGCAGAAGCUUUAGAAGUUGGUUACAGCAAGUACAAAAAUCCAUAUCACAAUUUGGUUCAUGCAGCUGAUGUCACCCAAACUGUGCAUUAUAUAAUGCUUCAUACAGGUAUUAUGCACUGGCUCAAUGAACUGGAAAUUUUAGCAAUGGUCUUUGCCGCGGCCAUUCAUGAUUACGAACAUACAGGGACCACAAACAACUUUCAUAUUCAGACUAGGUCGGAUGUUGCCAUUUUGUAUAAUGAUCGCUCCGUCCUUGAGAAUCACCAUGUGAGUGCAGCUUACCGACUCAUGCAAGAAGAAGAGAUGAAUAUUUUAAUAAAUUUAUCCAAAGAUGAUUGGAGGGAUCUUCGGAAUCUCGUGAUUGAAAUGGUUUUAUCUACAGACAUGUCAGGCCACUUCCAGCAAAUUAAAAAUAUAAGAAGCAGCUUGCAGCAGCCGGAAGGGAUUGAUAGAGCCAAAACUAUGUCCCUGAUUCUUCACGCAGCCGAUAUAAGCCACCCAGCCAAAUCCUGGAAGCUGCACUACCGGUGGACCACAGCCCUAAUGGAGGAGUUCUUCCUACAGGGAGAUAAAGAAGCGGAAUUAGGGCUUCCGUUUUCCCCACUCUGUGAUCGAAAGUCAACCAUGGUGGCCCAGUCACAAAUAGGUUUCAUUGAUUUCAUAGUAGAGCCAACAUUUUCUCUUCUGACGGACUCAACAGAGAAAAUUGUUAUUCCUCUUAUAGAGGAAGCCUCUAAAGCCGAAACUUCUAACUAUGGGGCAAGCAGUUCAGCCACCAUUGCGGGCUUACACGCUGCUGAUGCACUGAGACGAUCAAAUACAAAAGGCUUUGUGAGCGAUGGAAGUUACUCCCCCGACUACUCCCUCUCAGCUGUGGACCUGAAGAGCUUCAAAAACAAUCUGGUGGACAUCAUCCAGCAGAACAAAGAGAGGUGGAAAGAGUUAGCUGCACAAGGUGAUUCUGAUCUUCAUAAGAACUCAGAAGACUUAGUAAAUGCUGAAGAAAAACAUGCUGACACACAUCCAUAGGUCUGAAACACUUUCAAGACGUAUGUCAUUUUGAACAUGAGAGGGUAAUGAAAACAGAGCUAAAACAGUCUAAAUCCUCAAGUCUCCACAAAGCUGUAUUCUCCUUUUUCAACAUCUGAUUGGAUGAGAUCAUUUUUUAUGAUCUAAAUGAGAAUUAAGAAGAACAUAAAUUUUGAGAUUGUUACUCUGGCCAAAUAUACUCAAGUUGCUAUCAGAGUUAUGGGCCAGUGCUUCAGCCAUUGUAUUUCCUCCACAAUUCGGCCUUCUUCAAUCAAGCCAGAGAGACAAAAGUUGGACAGUUCUAAAUUCUCAGCACUUUGAACCUAGUCACAGGGAUGAUGAAAUACUGAUAGUAGAUGAAGCAUUUUCAUAUUGACUUUUUUGCACUGUAUCACAUAGUGCUGUAACUACAAAUUUUUCAAGUUCCUAUGUAAAAGGAAAGCAAAAACAAAAUUAUGGAAAAAUUUUUUGCAGUGCUGUGGAACAAGCCAUUUAGAUUGUCCUUCUUAUUUUAAAUGCAUGGGAACAAAACAAGAGGUGGGCUGCUCAGAAGCUGUGUUUGAAGUCCCAUGACAAUACUGGUGCAUCAUAGCACCAGCUCAGUGACCCAAUGACCUCUUGAUAACUCUCAAAUGGGGAAACUGGGGGAUGAGUCUGCAUCCAUCCCUUUGGCUUCAAAGCACUACCUGGGUGUGGUUAUAAUGCCACUCACACAUAACCCACAGUCCAUGAUAAUAAGGUUAACAAGAACCAUCAGCCCCUGUGGGAGACAGACACUAGAAUCCAGAAUGGAAUUUGUCUUCUGGGAUGCUGACAGCAACACGAUGUGACAAACUACAUUACAAGACAAGGGAUAAGAGGCAAGAAGCGUGUGUGAGUGUAUGUGUGUGUGUGUGUGUGUGUGUGUUAAAAAUGUCUAAGAAAAAGGAAACCCACACUUUUUCUGUAUAGAUAACAUUAUUGGUCAUGACUUUUAAAUUUUGCUACACAGAAAUAAACUGCAACCCUUGUGAGACCCUGCUUCCUUGUCAUGUUUUGCCUGAGCAUGUGCAAAGCCUUUCCUUUGCUCCAAACUGGAGAACUACCUUCGUUUGUUAUCAGCUGUUGAGAAAAGUCAAGCACAAUAAAGUGUUGUAGCUUUUCACUGUACAGAUGCUUCAAUGAUUGUGAGCUUAAGUGAAUUCGUCUUUGUAAAAGGUAGAAAUUGGAUGGGGAGAGUCAAGAAUAGCCAUCAAUUAAAUGACAUGAUCGAGGGUGCAUCCAUUCCAAUAAGUUCUCUGUUGUACCUGCUUCCCUCUUGGGUUCCACAAUGCUAAGCAAUAUUUUAGAAAUGGAUACAAUCAUAAGCUUUUAAAUCUAAGUAAUGAGAUUUUGUAACUCACAACUUAGAUCUCUUUUAAUGUGUAAGCCAUAUUCUCUAUGCAUAUUUAGUAUGCAUCAUUGUAAUUUAAGAUAUAUUUGCAUCUAGACUGUGUAAAAAAUGCUUUUAAUUGUUUUGUGAAUAAAGUCC